CCUGAUUGGCUGACAGUUUGUGUCGAGUUUUCAAACACGUCUUCACAAAGGAGGGAGUUACAGUACCGUCAAAACAUGGCUCCGAGGAAGAGAACCACCAAAGCGAGGAAGAACAACCCGAAGGCGGCGAAGCUGGAGGCCUUCCUGCAGGACUUCAACAGCGAGGUGGAGACCCGGGUCCGGCAGAUGAGAGAGAGCCUGAACCAGCUGCUGAAGGACGUGGACAACAGCUACAACGUGGCUUUACUCAAAAUGACCAAAGCUGUGAGGCAGACCCCCUGGAUGGAGCUCGUCAAGUCUGAGAGACCAAAAACUCCAGAGGUGGACGACGUGAAGCAGAGAGAAGAGGAGGCGGCCAUUGUUCAGAGCGUCGGCGCCGAUGGCCCCGCCCACGACCCCGUCCUCCAGAAGGCCACCAGGAAGCUGAUGAAGAAAGCUCAACCCAAACCCACCUCAGAUGAUGACCACCUGCCUGGUUCUACCAAGAAGGGAAGAACAAGCAGAAAACCUCCGUCUACAAGGAGAACAGCCAAAGCUGCCACUAAACACAGCAGACAGUCCAGUAGGAAGCCUCUGGUCACUCCUGCCAGAACCAUGCUGGACUCGUCUCUAAUGAUGGGCUCUACUCCCUUCAUCACGCCCCGCUUCGACCCCAGACUUCCUAUUACUCCUGCGAGAGUCCCCCGGCACCAAGAGCGAGUCUUCAGCAUCUCGGUGAACGGUUCUCCUGUCGCAGUGGGACGCGAGGACGUCGUCCUCAGCGUCCCCGUUGGGAACGGAGAGAGCAUGCAGCUGCUGUCCAGUCAGAUGGACACCGUGGACCUGUCUCUGCUGGAUGAGACGGCUCUGAAGAGCAUCCGGCUGCUGCAGAACCGUCUCACGACUCUGUGUGGGCCGUCAGUGUGACCCGUCCCCCACACCUUUUAGAACCUCCAUC